AGCGCCGCGGAGCGCACAGGCUUACCCGGGGAGAAGACACUUGUUACUGACGGAGCAAGUGGACAAAGACGUGUGUGUCUCUUUCUGUAGUGCGACAAACCUGACUGCACCUACUCCACACGCCCACACAUCCCACUGUCUUGUGGGACCAUGUGGGUUCUUGAUAAGAUCCGUGGGUCGGUGGAGACCGGUGCGCUGCGUCAGGGGGAGAACGGAGACAAGAAAGGUGUCGCCUACAGCAACGUUCUCACCCCCGACAAGAUCCCAGACUUUUUCAUUCCUCCAAAGCUGGUCAGUGGCCCCCCAGAACCUGACAUUCACAACGUAAAGACCAAAGAAGGACUCCAACCCUCAACUUCAGAGCAAAUUAUCGGCAGUGGGAAGAAGAUCAGCAGCCCAAGAAGUCCACGCCUGGUAUCCAAGAUUGCAGGAGACACCAAAAACUUGCUGAGAGCAGCAAACCGGCACAUUAUACAGAUAGAGAGUGCCGAUGAUGUUGGAGACACCAAUGCAGACCCUGGGUCGCAGACGGCAAUGUCCCUGCCCUAUGUACCCAAGACUCAAACACCUUAUGGCUUUGCAACCCUGAAGGAAAGCCCCCACACUCGCCGUAAAGAGUCACUUUUCCACUGCGAUCAUACCAGUCCUAUCACCUCCCCAAACCCCCAGAGGAAGACCCAGGGGAGAAGCAGCGAAGGGGGAAACCACCUGAACCCAGGUGACUUCAACACUUCUCACAUGAAUCCGUAUCGGUACUUCAGCGGAGGGGAAAGUGACACCUGCUCCUCAGCUGAGUCCUCUCCCUUCAGCUCUCCCCUGCUCUCCCGCUCUGCCUCCCUGCUCAAGAUCUUCACCCACGAGACGCAGGCCAAAGUCGGGAAGGUCAAGAGGACGUUCGCUCGCCACAGCUCCCUCUCCACCGACGAGUGCAGCUCUGCCGAGCCCAGCCCCAACAUCCAGCGACGGCUCCACGUCCCCUCGUUGCACGGUGCCGGAGCGUCAGACCACGGGCUCCAUCGGGAGCACACCAUCAACCUGCACAAAGGCGGGACGGUGAGGAUCAGCGCCAAUUACGACUCCAGCACCUCCCGUCUGCUCAUCCGGGUCCUGGUGGCGGAGAGUCUCUACGACAAUCACUUUGACAUCAAGAGCAUCAACUGCUGCGUGUCCGUCUACCUGAACCCGGGCAAGCUGCAGAAGCAAAGGAGCAACAUCAUCAAGAACAGCCGCAACCCGGUCUUUAACGAAGACUUCUUCUUUGACUCGAUAAGCUUGGUUCAGGUGAAGAACCUGUUAGUGAAGUUCAAGGUGAUCAACAAAGGCACCAGCCUCAAGAGGGACACCCUGCUGGGAGAGCGAGAGGUGCCUCUACCCAAGCUGCUCUCAGGGGUUUAAAGCCACAGGACCCGGAGGUCAAAGGAGGCAAAAAACAAGGAAUGAUGCGUAAAUUAGAUGCUUGCACUGGUUUCUAUUCAAACUGCUCUUUUUAUUCCAACAGAUGAAAACAUUGAACAUUACAAUGAAGGUGGAGGUAGUGGAAUAUUUUCCUAGAAGGAAAGUGAGUCUUUUUUUUUUUUUUUUCUUUGAGAUCUAAAAAUGUCAAAAAAUGAACAUAUUGAUGUAGCAUACGUGAACGGAUGAAGGAUUCAUGGUGGUAAAGGCUUGCCUCGUUCCUUUUCCCAAUAAUGAAAGCUCAUUAAACCAAGCCGGGCGCGACAGCAACAGAUGAACUUGACAGAUGAAAGGUUUUUUUUCUGGACAGCCAACUUUCUCAGCCCGGUCAGGUUCAAAGGUUUGACGACACCUGUGCAUCAGCCUGUCUCGGUAUCCUUGCCUGGACUGUGUUCACCAUGUGUGGCAUUGUUUUAUUAUUGUAAUGUGGCAUAAAUCCACAGCAGCACAGGAUGUGAUUCGACAUUACCUACACCGUGUGUUCCGCACAAAGAUGCUUUUGUAAAUCAGUGCUUUGAAGUGGCAAUACAUUCUAAUGUGCAAAUGACCCUUUGAUCCCAGUUGCCAUGGCCCACUCCUACAGGGGAGGGCGAGGGACAAACAGAGCAGCCACAAUAGCCACAUUUACAUGCACAUCAAAAAUGCAAAGUCUUAUGAAUGCCAUUAUCCGA